ACGUUGUUUUGAAAACUCAAACAUGCCUGUAGCAGUAGGAACAAGUGCUCUGAGUUCGCUUGUGACUCCCGAAGGGCUUGAAAAUGCUGCAAGGGAAGUGGAUCGACAACUUCAGGCUGACAGACAGUACCCUGAGCUGGCAGAACAGAUUAACGCUUCCCAGGGUAAACUACUUCCCUUAUUUCCUGGAGCAGUUUUGCUCCUUUAUUUUAUAAUUACAGUCGACUCCUGAUAACUCGAACUUUCAAGGGCAAUCGAAAAAAGUUCGAGUUAUCGAGAGCUCGAAGAAAAUAGCCGGGAGUAAGGAAAAAACAGUUUUUUCUGCACAGUGAACACUUUAAUCACAUUUCAUUGUAGAAAUGUUAAGUGAAAAUUAAAAGAUACUUCUAAAUCAGAACGUAACGUAACGUAACAAAAUAAUUGCUUAAAUAGAGCAUGCGUUUUACUGUUUUGAGAAGUAAAGUAUACCUGCCAACUCUCACGCCUUAGGCGUGAGUCUCACGCCUGCGGGUUGAAAACUUCGAUCUCACGCCGGCUCACGCUUGCGGGCCAAUUUCUCACGCCUGAUUGAAAAAUGUGAGUUGUUGCCGUCUUGCUUGACACAAUUUCCAAAAAUAUGUUAACUCAGACCCAUGUAAGGAACGAAAACCAUGUGUAAAAUAAAUAAAUGACAAUACCUUCCUCGCGAUCUCUGAUUUUUCAAGUGAAAAGCACUGGGAGCGAGCUCGAAUUUAUACGCGUCCUAAGACUGGGACUCGAUAACUUCGCCUUCGGCAGACUUUGGAUGUCUUCAGAGGCCUUCGGACGUCUUCGGAAGUCUUCGGACUUCUUCGGGAAUCUUCGGAAAUGAUCAUGUCGUCUUCAAAAAUCCCAGCUCUCCCAGGAUAAAAAUCUCACGCUUAUAUCUCAGAAAAAGUUGGCAGGUAUAGUAAAGCUGUUUCACGUUAGAUUUGUGACAAACAACAUCAGCCUCCACUAGUAAAUUAUAUGCCUAGAACACAAAAUUCAAUGUUUUGGAUGCCAGUACAAUGUUUUUUCCCAACUAUGGGAAAUUCCUCCUAAAGAGCAAUUUUAGCCAUUAUAACUACCUUAAUGCCUAGAAAUCUAUUAAGUUUUCUAUCCUUUUCACUUUGUUCUUUGUUUCGAUAAAGGAGAGAAUAAGAAAUUGUGCCCGACGCGCCACGUCGCACAAUGUCAAGGCACGGUUAAGCGUGACACGAAAUGUCACGCACUGAAAAUAACGAAAUUGCCUUAUUCUAAUUGUUCUAAAAUAGGUAUGAUGAAGUCAAACAUAACAAAUAAAAAGCCACCAGGGGUCUUACAUCCCAGCAUAAAAAAAAUGAAUUCAAUUAACUUUCUAAAGGACGUACGGCCACUUUUGAGAUUCAGACAAUCGGCGACAAAAUUGUUGAGACAUUGUACUUAAAUAGGGUGACUUCGGAGAACAAAAGAAUCGGCACCCCUCCCCUGUCCCCUCCAUUCAAAGUUGGGGUGUUUGUUGUUUUCUAUAGGUAGCUAGAAAAAGGGCACAACAUUGCACGGAGGGGAUGGGGGAGGAAAGGUAUAUUUCCUCCUUUUGAAGUUCAUAAAACGUAAAAAAGCCCACUUUUGGGCGAAGUGUCUCAACUCAGUUUGUCGCCGAUUGUAGAUUGAUUUUUUACCUAUAACUAUAUUUUGUACAAUUUAAGGAGCGUGCAAGCUUUUAAGUGACAUGGAAAAUCUAUCCCUACUGUUUAAGAGCAUAUAAUCUAAACUAAUAUAGCCUUUAUUCUUUUCUUUCUACCCAUGAUUUUAGCCUUUACAACCUUCAGUGGAAUCAAUGAUUAUGACUACCCUGCCCUAUCCUCACCAUCUGUUGGUUUGGCGGGUAUGGAACUUGUCAGUCUCCUCAAACGGGUUCCUCUUCCUGGGGAAUUAGUGGAGCAGUUUGAUCGUAUCCUUUUAUAUGAUCUUGAUAAUGUACACGUUAUUAGAAAAAUGGUGUAGGAGAGCAGCCAGAUUAAAUUUUUUAACUGAAAAAGAGUAAAGGAAACUGCUCUUGGAGAUGUUUUAUUUUAAUAUUUGAGAUUUUUUCCUGUAUUUAAUGGUUAUUUUAUUGGUCGAAGGCACUCGUUCAAGGGAGGACACAAAUUCAAGUAUUAAGCUUAUUGACCAAGUUAGCACAAGGUCAAGAUUGAUAGGUAUUGACACAGUUCUUUUUCUACAUUUUUAUGGACAAAGAUGAACUAGCCUAGGGUUAUGAAAAAGAACAAAAGCUAAUUACCUUCUGGCCAUUUUGACUGAACAUGCUUGAUCAAUAACUUACCUAUUUAGGCUGGGAAUCAUCCCGAGCCAUCCUAACAAAAUCCUGCGCAAGACCUGAUCGAGCAUCGCGUCUUUCAUUUUUUUGGUACUGUCCAGUCCAGUGUCAGCUUUGAUGUUGUCAAUGUCUGUUGACCAUGUUGGGGUUUCCAAAGCAGUACUUUUGAAGCACUUUCUCUAAUCUUAAUCUUCUUGCACAAAUUUUUGGUCAAUAAAGGAACUUUAUUUCCUGUGGGGAACAAAACUUGGCAAGAAAUGAAAAACCAAUUAGAACACAGGAUUCACUUUAUCUUGCCCAGUUACUGUGUUAUAGCACCUUGACAUCCUCAUUAACAGACAUGCAAUGUAACUGUAUGAUGGGAUUGUUUCCUGAGAUCAGACGAGCUUGGCUAACUAUUGACAGUGAUAUCUUUGUCUGGAAUUAUGAAGAUGGGUAAGCUGUGAAUUCCUAAGCUUGGUUUGGCAUACAAUUAUUACUGAUGUUCAAACAAAAGCAUGUUUUUGUUCCUAAUUUCAGGAGUGACUUGGCUUAUUUUGAUGGCUUGAGUGAAACUAUACUGUGUUCCGGAUUGGUGAAACCCAAACCAGGUGCGUUUCAGUUUUGCUGGCCUGUUUAGGUUUAUGAAAAGUACAGCCAAUGUAUUUAAAGGAGAACUUUGAUUUUGAGAAAAUAAUAUCAAAAAAGUAUCAAAAAAGUUUGCUUUUCUAGCUCUGUGGACAGCUUGGUUACCACUGAUAUUGAUGGUAGCAUUUUGAACUCUUAACUGAAAUGCGCCAAUUGCUAACAUGCACAUAUGGCUACGUAUAAUGGCUGGGCGCAGCCAACUGACACCAUCACAUGAUUAUGACCAGUCGUUACAAACUAACCUGUCAUACCCAAACCACAAAGCAAAAUUAAUGAGCUCCCAAAGAUUGAGAUCUCAUUUGAACGAUCACAUCAAAGGAUUUUGUCCACAGACUCAAAGGAUAAGGGUAAAACGAUGUCACUCCUCUGUUUUCUCUGACAUAUGCAAAUUAGUGCAUCUACACCUCAUUUUUUUUAGCCCUUUAUAUUUUGGCAAAAUUGAUAAUGGUGUAUGUUAAUUUCUAUGUGUACAGAAAUCCUCAGGGAAUCAGUUCGGUACAUCUUGUGUCUCACUACACCAAUUGACAUUGUGCUUCUUGCUGUGACAUUUACACCAAAGAAAUUAGGUAUUGUCAAGUUUUGUUUGUUGUACUUGAAUAUUAUCACUGCAGGCAAUUUUUUGUGGUUAUUGUACAGUAAGUUUUAGGUAAAAGCCUUUUUCAUCUUAAACCAGUAUUUUAAAAAAAAGCACUUUAUUUAACUGGGGACACUAUAUUUUACGUCUCCUAAUGGAGACGGGACCUCCAUUUUAUGUGGUCAUCCGAACCAGCGAAGGUCAAGCCGUUUGCAGUGCAAAGGGAGUACCUUCAUUCCUCAGUUAUUUUAAGACCCCGAGUAUUGAUCCGGCCCCAGGAAACGAACCCGCGACCUCCCGCUCUGCAGUCAAGCACUCUACCGACUGAGCUAAUGCUGCGCUUGUUUUAAAAAUUUCUUUGUCUUGUAGCCCUAAUUACUCAUAGCAAAUAAUGGAAAUUCUGGUUUAACCCGAGAUUGGAUUUUACCUUCAACAUAAAUCAGGGAUGUACAUGUACAUAGGGUGCGCAUUAUGGGAUAAUAAUAAUAAUAAUAACGCAAAUAUUUAUACAGGAUAACCUAUCAGUUCUAAUAAAAAGAACUGGUAUCAAAAGGGUCCUGUAAUUAUCUCAUAAAUAGCUAAAAAAAUAAAGAAGAAAAUUGAAAGAGGAAAUAAAAUAAAAUAACACUAAGAAAUCUAAGAUUCAAAAAUCAAAAAUCUGUAAAAAUUAUUGACUUAUAAGACUGAAAAGAAACUGAAAGCAUUAUCAAGUUGUCCUCUCAUAACACGGGUUGGAUAAAUCAUCAAUCAGCUUCUUGUUAAAAAACCAACCACUAGCUGGAUUGUGGAUGCUACAUGAAAACCUCUCUUGGUGACCCUUGUUAACAGCUAUACCUAAGCGACUGAUGGAGGAUCCAAUUUUUUGUUUGUGAAACCAGUCUUGCAGUCAUGCAUAGCUAAGCAGAGAGUUACAUUCUUCUUAGAACUUAACCGUGACACUUACAAUCUGGUACCAAAUAGAUCAGUGUCAUUUUGCUUACACCACGAAAAGCUUGGUUCCGUACUUAAAACUACGCAGUAUUUUGACUCAAACAAGCAUAUUCUCAACCAGCUACCAAUUGCAGAUUGAUGGAAGGAAAGCCUUCCAUAGGACUUUUUAGUCCUAGUUUGAUAUCUUUCAAUGUCUUUGUUUUCCGGAGAAAUUUGAGCCAACGGUAAGCUCUUUUUCGGCCCUUGAAAUAAACUGGCAGCUGGCUGCCAGGAACAUCCUGAUAAAUAGUCUCAUAAACUGUUGAAACAUGGAAACAAUUUUGUCUAAAAGAAGUAAAUUGUCUCCUUAAAGUCUAGGAAUUCAUUAAACUAGGAGUUGAAAGUAAAUUGGCGCUCCAGCCUUGUUUUCAUCUCCUGUCAGCAUGCGGUGCUGUCGUACGUUUGUAAUUUUCUUUCUUGACAAAUAUCAGUAAACUAAACUGCAAAGUCUAGCCAAGUCCGGUGCCUCAAUGAUAUGCUUCCAAAAAGAUGUUGCUAAACCCUAUUAUAUCAUUUUUGACAAACCUAAACCAGAACAGUUCUUUGUGGCAAUAACUCCUCAUUACAAUUUUUUUUCAAAUUCUGCCAGGAAAUUAUAACCAUGAUGAAUUUGCUGAGAUGUAUCUUCAACCAGAUCCGCUGUUUUCGAUUCCAUCUGAUAACAUUUACUUGACUUGCAUGACUGGAACUCAUUUAGGAAGGAUUUUUCUUGGAGGAAAAGAUGGUUGUGUGUAUGAGAUAGUUUAUCAGGUAAUGUAAUCUCCAUGUGCAAUGGAAUCUCUGAUGUUUCCCUUAGAAUUUUAUGUUAAUCACUGGCUCUUUUUUCACUCUGUAAUUCUCAUGCACUAUGGACAUAGCCCUAGGGGUCUCAUUGGGGUUAGCUCUUUGCCAUAAAACAGCCCGAAGGCUUAGCUGUUAGGUGUAAAAGAAAGAAAUUCUUAACCCUCUAACAUAGAAAAUGCCUCCACAUAACAGAGACCCUCAUCUCACAACAAGUUGUUUUGACCUCAAAGUGAUUGAUCACAAACAAACAAACAAAAACUAAAACAGUAAACAAACAAGAAUAUAAGAAUGAAUAGGGAAGAAGUAGAAUGUCAUAUUAUCUCAAGAGUCAAGGACUUUUCCCAUGCACUCCUUCAAUAAAUUUCGGAACUCAUUUCCAAAAUGAAUGUUGAAUAACGGGAAAGGGAAUUUUUGUGGUUGUACUAAAAAUAAUUGGUUCUACUUGGCUUUUAUUCUUAACAGGCAGCUGAUAGUUGGUUUCAAAGGAGAUGCCGCAAGGUGAACGUGAGCAGUCCUCGCAAAAGAAAAGAGCACGGUAGUAAAAACUUACGGUGUAAAUCACCUCUCCCAUACAUGUUAAUUCGUUAAUAACCAUGGUCAUGUAAUCCCGAACCUUUAUUGAACUUAUCUGGAAAUUACCGAUACAGCGGCCAUAUUGAAUUGAUUGGAUUUAAGGAGUAUUAUGGGAUGCUAAGGGGGCAUGAGCACUAUCCGAUAUACUCGCAUCACUAUUUACGCAUGUUUUUCAGGCCAGUUUUUCUUUAAGUUUUCCUAAAAAAAGAUCGCCACGAUCAUGCCGUGUUUAGCUGUAAUAGUGAUCGCCUUUUUCCCAAGAAAUAUACAUUAAAGUUCUCUUUUUGCCCAAAAAGCAUGCGUAAAUACUGAGCAAGUGCCCGCUGGGUAUCCCAUAAUACUCCUUAAAUGUAAUUAAUUCAAUAUAGUGGCCGUAUCGGUAGAAAGGUCUAUAAUACUUAAGUGCCUACUUAGUCUGAUCUCCCGAUCAAGUCUUCAUGACUCAAUCAUUCCACACAUUUCUAUCCAGUAUUGCUGACCAAAUUUCCUGAUAUUGUCAAGACCAGUGUCCCUUUUGAUGUUGUUGAUAUAGUCAAGUGGCCCUCUUCCCUUGCUAACUAUUCUUACAUGUGGUUGCCAUAAGACAAAGACAAAGAAAGUAGUAUUUUAACAUUUUGGUUGCCUGGGGUUGUUGCAUGCUUGUAGGGAUUUCCCUAAGAGCCCGCAGCUGGCUGUGCUGAAAAACAGCUGACCACCAGCUCAAAUAAAUCUGGAGAACAAAGACAUGGGGAAAUUUUGAACGAACGGUUGAGUGAAAAAGCUGGCUUGACUAACCAAAAAAAUACUGCUCAGCUUUCCCUUAGCUACAUCCCUGUGCUUGUCUGACUUUAUGAUUUAGUUAGAAGAUGACCCUAACCCAUCAAGCAAUAAUUAUUGAGCAUGAAAAAUUGCUUGCCUAGAAGGAAAAUUGACUUGUCACAGUUGACUCCAGGUGGGACUUUCUUUCAGUCCCUUUACGUGCACAUAGAUACCGUAUACCUCUUGAAUAGUUAUUAAAAAUGUUUGCAGGACAUUAUUCUGCAAGGUAGAGUAUUGUUUGUUUGUUUGUUUUUGUGUUGUUUCAGAUCCCAUUGUUCAACUGGCUGUUGACAACACAAGAAACAUUCUUUAUUCUCGAUCAGAGAAAGGAACCAUUCAGGUAAUGAAUUUUUUGUGUGUUUGAAAGUUGUUUCAGUUAAAUCUGGUCAUGGUAAGGUGUAAGACCACAGAGGUAUAUCAUUAGCUGAAAGUAAAACUGCUUGUUUCAGGACAUUGAAACUUGUUUUUCAGUGCAGCCCGAGAGAAGAGUGUCAACACAUUUUCUGGUUGUUAUGAGGCAAACGAUCAUGCUGACCAAAAAAAGUUAAAUUAAAUCAGCCCUGAAUUUGGCCAUUUCAUCAAAAUGAUAUGAUAUGUUAUAGACAAGUGUACGUGUUGCAGGUCAAAAUUAAAUUCUGGUUAAAUUUGUCUCGUCUUAGUUAUUCAUGAAUGAUCAGGGCUAGGAGUUUAAGAAAAAAUGGCAAUCAACCUAGGUUGAAAGAUUUUACAAAAAAAACUUUAAAAAUUUUGACCUGUAACGCAUGCAUUUGGCAGAUCUCAUUGUCAAGUGACUAUUUAGUGCACUGCAAAAAACUCCAAAAUUUUUUGGACAGUGACAAAUAUUGAUUGUGACUGAAUUCCCACAGGUUUUUGAUCUUGGUGCUGAUGGAAAAGGCAUGUCGUAUGUGGCUUCCCUCACACAGGACAGAAUCACACAGAGAGCAGCAUCAACUGCUAGGUAGAAGUAUUUUAUACUUAAAUGUCAUUUUGCCCUUUGGUGGCCACCAAUCCUUUUUCAUACUCUCUUUCUUCCCUCUGCCUUUCUUUUCUUAUCUCUAGUUUUGUUUCCCACAUUAUUGUUUUUCUUUCCUAUGGAAUUAUUGUGGGCUGACUUUCCAGGAAUGAGGGAAAUUCACUGUGGAAAGAGGAGAAACAAAGUAGCAAAAUUGGCAAUAGAUUUUUCCUUGGAAUGUUAGUCCGUUUUUUGUAGUAUCUCUGACAGGGUUGGUCAGAAUUUCCUGCUGAGGUACCUGUGUUAUGGCCUUUCUUUCCUGAAUUGGCUGCUUACCGGUGUUACCUACCAAAAGGUUACAUGUAACAACAUGUUUUUGUUGUUUUUGUUUUCAGAACUAUUGAUUCCAAUAAUUUUAGACCUAUUAUUCACAUUGCACCAAUUCCAAGGAACGAAUCCAAAACUGUCCAUCUAGUUGGAAUCACUCAAGCAGGUAAGGGAAAGAAGCCUUGCUGGGGGUGCCUGCCAGAUGAAUCACUUCAUGUAUUUUAAAGAGGCUCUGUCAUGUGUUCUCUAGUUCAUUUUGUUAAUAAUCCCAAUUGUAUGUGUCAUUAAUCACUGUGGGACUUGAGAAAUAACUUACGUUAGCAAAAUCACAGCUUGAUGUCAAACAAGUAUGUCUCCAAUGCAUUUUAUCAAACAUUAGUUCUAAACAUAAAAAUUGGAACUUUAGUUUGAAAAACUGUUAGGCUAACAAGUUUUCAAAAACUACAAUUGCAAUCCAAUGCAAUCUUCCGUUCCUCUUUUUUGUACCUUCUGUGUUAUUUAUACCUUGUUUCUUUUCAUGUUUGAGCAGAUAGGUAUUUUUAUUAAUGUUUCACUCAGUUUGGUGGCACUUCUCACGGUUUUAAUAUUUCUGAUAAAUUUUGUUACACAUCUCCUUUAAGUGUCUUUUAAUGAACUGCAGCCAGAUUUUUCUUUUAGUUCUUCCUUGAUAUGCUUGCCAAUCAAAGGGACAAACAUCAUUUAGGGCUUUAUCCUUGAGUAAUGAUGCCAUAUGUGGGUUGAGUUUGUUGUUGGUUCUCUCCCUUGCUCCGAGAGGUUUUUCUCCAGGUACUCCUGUUUUACCCUCUCCUCAAAAACCAACACUUCCAAAUUCUAAUUCGACCAGGAAUCAGGUCGACGAAGCACCACUUAGUUAAUGUGCCACCUCUAUUAUUUUAUUUAUUUAUUUACCCAACUUUGUUUCUUGACCAGGUGUGCGCCUUUACUUUAGUACAACAACUGUAAGGGCUCCAUUAGAGAGACCAAGUAAACUACAGCUUGUUCACGCCAGACUACCGCCAGGGUUUGCACCAUCAGCAACCUCACAGAGACCAUCUCAAGUACAUGCAGCCUUCUACAGACAAGGUACUUGGUAAAAUACUAAUUUUGUCAAGGCAUGACUUGCCCUCAAGUUAAGAAUGAUCUUCUUUUAGUCAGUGACUAAGGCAACUGAGGAAAAAAAUCAGAGUCCUCUAACAAAACUCAAACUUAUGACUUGCUAGUGACUACAUGCAGCAUGCAAAGAAAGUACUGUCCAGUAGCCUGGAGCUAGAGGAUUUUGCUAUCGGGCGAGCGACUGUUGUUAUAAGCUUACCUGUUGGGCAAGUGAAGUUUUUUGAGAAUUCAAAUUACAGAAGAACUGUGUAUUCAACCGUGCCCAUCAAAAACCUUUUAGGGCUAGUUAGCUCAUUUGAUUUAAAGGAGUUUUAUUACUGCUUCUGCAUCUUUGAAAAUUAAGCUUGGAUUUUUCAAAGUUGUUGUUUAUAAUAAGCAUUAAUCAUCUCCAUCCAAAAUCAUCCUUACUUUUGGAAGUUACAGUAGCUACAUUACAUGUACCUCUCUAAUGUUAUUCUUUGGAGGUUUCAUUCAAUUUCAAUAAAAUAACAUUGAUAAAAUAACAUUGAUGAUUGUCUUUUUCAGGCAUUUCAUUGCUAGCUUCAUCUCAAACAGAAGAGAUGGAUAUCCUCUGGGGAAUCAGUCCUGAUCCAUUUCCAUUCCAGUCUCCACUUAAAGAGAUGCAGGUAUCAAUAAAUUUUAAGAACUACCGUUUGCAUGAUUUCAGGGUAUUCCAGAUUUUAAUUCUUAUUUCAUGGUACAUUUGGAUACCAUCGUUCUAGCAGAAGGGUAUGUUUUAUUGAGAACAUUUUAAAAUAAGUAACCUGUUUACUCCCAAAAGUGGCCAGAAGUUAAAAAUUAUCAAAAUUUCCAAAAUUAAAAAAAAUUCACUUUGCAAAAUCCUGGAAACAACUCGUACCUUUUGAAAGAGCAGCAAAGGGGGUUUUGUUUGAAUGGUCAUGCCAUAGGAUUUCAUCCACAAAUUGAAAAGGUGGUCUUUCAGUAGAAUACUUUAUGUUUUAUUCUGGGAGUGAAAGACUGUUAAAAAAUCUCCUUUUUCAAAUUUUGGAGCCUCUAGAUUACUGACGCAUUAAAUUAUGGGUAUUCUAUAUCUGGUUCUUUAUGGGCAAUUUCUACAUUUAGAUUUUGAUUCCAUUUUAUUGUUAACCUGAAAUGCUGCCAAAUAAAUAUACUCUAGUAUAAUUCAAGGGUAUGAAAAGUAGAAUUUUCCAUAUUUCUGCGAGCACCUACAAUAGGAGCAUUUUAAGGUACAUGUAGCUUGCUGAGACAUUACUUUGAGUUAUGCAUAAUCUGUUACUGAUGAUGUCAUCAUCAUCCUGUGCUCUGAUUGGUUAGGAUCUGAUGUGACUUUAUUAACUGUUGUGAUAUUUUGUGUUAGGUGAAUGUACCAAUGGAGGGUAGAACUUGGUCUUUAAGUGAAGUACCUGAAUUUGGUGGCAACAUGACAAGUGACUGUCCCAUACAAAGCGACAGAUGGCCAGAUCCACCUGCUGUCAUGAGGCAACAUGCUUCCUGUCAGAGGUCCUUUGUGGCUCUAAGUGCACAGGUGAGUUUUAGAGUGUUUCAGCCAUUUAUUUUUCACGGUUGCUCCAGUUGUCCUGGUUGUUCCAGUUGUCGGGUUGUCCGGGUUGUCCUGGUUGUAAUUUACCAGUUGCACCUUUGUCACCACCUGAUCUUUGUGAUUGCUAUAUCAACAGGGAAGCUACCUUUUUACAACUUAUCGCCCAGUUGAGCAGCUUUGUCAGUUGUUAUUGCACAGUCAGGGAUUUGAUUCUGAUGCAGUUCAAGCUUUCUUCAAGCUUCACAAGGUAAAAAAGAUGCAAGGGAGGGGAAUGAUUUUUUGUCUAUUGAUUAUUUUUGUUGUUGUUAUUUAUGGAACUUGAUGGUGCAAUAUGAAAAUAUGGUUUAUUAAAGGCAAUGUGAAAAUGGUUAAUAUAGAUCUUUUGUCUUGCCAUUGAACAGGAAGACCAGGCAUGUGCAACGUGUCUUGUUUUGGCCUGUGGUGCCACAGCAACCCAACAACAAGUGAGUCAAAUACUCUUGUGCUUAACAGCAAUUAAGAUUAAAGCAUGGCUUCCAUUUUGUCCCAACCCCUAAAAUGUGAAAAAAUGUGUCCAGGUGAUCAUGAUCACUGUAUGGCUUGUGGUGGAUAAUUUUGUCGAUUAGGGUGAUGGUGAUUGUCUGGCUAGAAUUUAGUCUACUUAGAGAAGCAGCUGUAACAAAUGCAGAUUCGCCCGUAACAUCUCAUGAAAAUCUAUAGUGUCACUUUAGUUUUCCACUUCAAUCACCCUUAACAUCAAGGGAACUCAGCUGUAAUGAGUGUUAUGGGUUAUGACCCUCAGUGAUAGCACUGGAAGAUAGUUUAUAGUCUUCUGGAGUGUCUGAAGAAAAUAAAGUUAUCAACUGAAGAUGAUGCAGACAAUAAUGAAAUAUUGCUGCUUUUGGAUAAUGCUUUGCUAUACUGAUUCCAGGUUGCUGAAUGGGCCACAAGAGCUUUCUUCAAAUACGGAGGAGAUUCUCACCUUCCUUCUCCAGGGAACCCUUCAGGAGUGCACCCCCCUGUAACAAGUCCAGGGAGUCCCAUUUCAGGGGGGAACCUGACAGGCAGUUAUGUAACCAGACCAGGUGUUGACAUUCCUGGUUUUGUGACUUCAACACCUCAUCAGGCUGGCAUGGGACAAGCUGUAGUGAGACCUGAGUUAACAAGAUCAAGCAAGCAUGAUGGACUGUGUCUUUACUUUGCAAGAAUUUUAGAGUAUGUAUUUGAUACUGUUUUACAAAUUGAUUUGAUGGCUUCUAAGAUGUAUCUAAUUCUUAGGUUUUCCAAUAUUCUAACAUUGUUUCUAUUUUUUGAAUCAUCCUUUAUUUUUAUAGAACUUUCUGGGAUGGAAGACUUGUGUUUGAGGAUUUCUUCAUGCCUCUUCCUUCACAAUCACAACAGGUUUGAAACUCCUUUUACUGCGUAUCACUUUGUCAAUCCUUGUUUCAUCAAAGAUGUGUUGUUUCAUGCAUAGACAACUGUAAAAAUUUGCAACAAGAUAGUAGACACACAUUGGACUUCACUAGUGUCUGCUGCUGAGUACUCCAUAUAAUACAGCUUGUUUAUAGAAAAUAUAGGAAGAAAAGUUUGGGGCUUACUAAGGCUGCUUGCCAUUAUUUUCACCGCAGUGCUACAUUCAAAAUAGGGGAGCUGUUCUUCACUUUUACCCAAAAUCAAAACCACUUGGCAAUAGAUUUCUGUCAAUCCAAAUGGCAAAGAGUUUUGGCAAUUGCGAGUGUAUCUGAACCAUUUGAUAACAACAGAAAUCUAUUUCCAAGUGGUGUUGAUUGCGGAGAAAAUAGUGGUAAUACUGGUCAUUUUCUUAAUACAGGGUCCAUGUAACCCUCCCACUGAAAUGGCCUGAUGAUUUGUCUCUCUAACGUUUAGAUCUAUACAAAAUCCAAUGAUCUCACCAUUCAAAUGAAGCAUCCUUAGCAGCACUUUUGUGUGGAUUUUACAAAAAGAAAAUUCAAAUUUAUUUUUUGCGAAUGUUUUGCAUUAGUCACUAUUAAGAGUAAAGUGUUGACACAGGUUUUGUCAUAUCAUAAUGUGAAAAAAACACCAGCUUUUUUUAUUAUGUGAUUUACCAUUUUUAUCCUGUCUUGCUUUUUAGCUCACUCCUGUGUUAAGGAGCAUGCUCAGUGUAUUCCAGUUGGGGUGGAUUUUGGAAAGACUGCGACAACUUCAAACAUGGAUGGAACAGAAUAUGCAGUUUAUGCUGCCCCAUUUGGAUGCAGGGUGUGAAUCACAACUUUUUUUCAGUUUCAUUGUAUUUUGUUAAGGGAAGCAGAACCCAAAGGAGGUGUGGUACAAUUCAUCACAAAUUAUUUUUGGAACAUACAAACUUAUUUUGAAGUUGAAGCAAGAUUAGUUUGGUACAAUGUGAAAAUACCAAAGAAGUAAUACCCUAUAACAUGGAUUGCAAGUGAUGAAGUAAAUUUUUCAAGGAGCAGACUUAAGCAGACUUCAUGACUGUGCCCCUUUUAAGAUUAGCAAAAUAGUUUUUAUCAAAAUAGGCAAUACAUUAAAAAGAAGGAUGUUAUUUGUAGACAAAUUCUGCUCCUUAGUUCUUGAAUUAUCGAGAAGCUGUUAGUACAUGGAUAUGGCCUGUUUAGAUUGAUUUUAUUGUGGGUUCUUUCCUCCGCCAUCAGGGAUUUUUUUUUCUGGGUGUAUAUAUGUAGCUAGCCCAGAUUUAAGUCAAGUUAGUGAGUGCUGUAUGAAUCUUGUUGAAAACCACUUUUUUUCUUUCACAAAGUUUUCCCAGAGUAACAAUGGCCAGUGGACAGUCACUCCUUCAACAAACACAUCAAGGUUAGUAACUGUGGAUUGCACCAUGUCUUUGUCUGAUACUUAUUUUGUAAAAACUCAAAAGCAAAAAGUUCUGCAUGGCAGUGCUGUACCACACCGCAAAGCUCUGCAAAACUACGUUUCAUGUAGGAAAUGGGAGUGAAAGUAGUUAAUACUGAGUCAAGAUGAUUUAAUAUAAUGCUAAGCGGUACUUGAGCCUAGGGAGGAAGCUUUUAUGUGCAGAAGAGCCAUGUUAUUCUUUGAAUAAUUUUAGCAAACAAACAUAAAAAUAGAUUUGGGGUUUAGUGGCAUGACGAAAGCUUGCAGGUGCACAUUGAGUUGAAAGGUAGGAAGGUUCUAAAACAUUUUGCAUUAAAUGGUACAGUAAUUAUUAUUAUGAGAUAGGCCUUGCGUCCUGCAUGCAUCGUAGCCAUUCCAUGUUGCAGACUGGGAAAGAAAAUCUUGAGUCAAGGUAACCAAAAUAAGGACACAGCCAAAACUAAGAAGUAUCCUGAUCUGUUAUAGCAACUGCUCCCUAGAAUACUUAAAUUGAUGUUUCACCAAUGAUUUUCAGUCAGUUGUGAGUUACGUCAAUUUUUAUUUCUUUCUUUAGCAUCAGCAGAAGCAUUUGUGGCCGAAAAGAACUUCUUGAUUAACUUCAAGUCAUUAAUUGACCGGUCAAUUGAGACACUGCACCUCUGGCAAGUUCUUAAUGAGCACAACUUUGAGGAAGUCAUACUUCAUCUUGAACCGGUAAGAUGAAACUUAAAAGUGUUAUAUAGCAAUGUAAGAUUAUAUGCAAUUAUUUUUGCAACUAUCCCCUUUUCUUCAUGGUAUAACCAUUAACUUGUUCAAAGCCAGAUUAGUAAAAAAACACAGAGAGCGUGAGAACCUCCUUUGUAAUGCGUGGAAUGGUUCCCCCAAAAAUUCGCACCUUUUCUUAAGCUUCUUUAUGCAUUUUGGCUGUGGUUAAGUUUUGGAAUGCCUGUCCUUGUGUUGAUUGUUUUCUCUACCUGCCUCAGAACACAAAAUCUCUUUCUCAUCACCACCCCCCCCCCCCCCCCCCCCCCCCCCCCCCCCCCCCCCCCUUAGUCCCUCCUUUGUAAUGCGGCGAAUGGUUCCCCCAAAAACUCCUCCCUUUUUUUUAACCUUUUUUUGUCUUUUGGGUGUGGUUAAGUUUUUGGAAUCCUGGCCUUUUGUUGUUUUUUUUCUCCCCCCCCCCCAAAACCCCAAAUUCUCUUCCCCCCCCCCCCCCCCCCCCCCCCCCCCCCCACACACACCUUUUGACAAACAACAUUUUAAACCUCGUAUUUGCUUAUCAGACUCUUAUGGAGAAGGUGCGACAUAUAAAAAUCCUCAGCUUCCAUCUACUGUUUCAACAAAAUGUGAUGAGUAUUGUAGUAAUAAUGAAGGAGUGUUCACUUAAUGAGGAACGCCUCAUGGUUAUUUUCAGGUAAUAAGAGAUCGCCUAAAGCACAUCAAAUUUAGAGACCUAAUAACUACUGGGCAAGAGGUAAGUAGCUUGGUUGUUUCUUUUCCUUCCAAUGUGGCCAAACAUAAAAAAUGAAAGAAAGUUGUAAAUUUGUUUUGCUUAAAGGCAAUGGUACCAUGUAAAGGUACUACUCAGUAGCUUUCAUUUGAAUGGUCACACUUUGGGAUUUCGUCCACAGACUCAAAAGUUAGAACCACCUUGUCUGGCAUAAUAAACAGUACUACAGGAAAGUUCUAGUCGGUAGCUUUAAUCUGAAUGGUCACAUAAUAGGAUUUCAACCAUAGACUAGAAAGUUGGGGUCACCUUCUACGGCGUAAUAAACAGCACCACGGGAAAGUGCUGCUCAGUUGCUUCCAUUUGAGUGUUCACACUCGAAGGUCUCAUCCAGAGAGUCCAAAAUUAACAUCGUCUGACUCCUGUAGUGAAAUGCUUGAAGUGACAGCAUUUUGUGAGUACAAGUACAAAUUUUAUCAUUUCAUGACAAUUUAUUUUGUUUUGUUUGCUUUGUGUAGAUUUGCAGUGCCCUUAUUGACUCUUUAAUAAAGUGCUAUCUGGAUGACAGUGCCUCUACCGAUGCCAUUAGUGAGAGGCUACGUGAUGUUUGUCCAAAUUUAUUCAGCAGUGACGAUGCAGUAUCAACUAAGGUAUCGAUUUUACCAUCAAUUUCUAUUUUCUCCCCUAAAAUAGACUUGUGAAGAAGGAGUGACGCAUUGGUCAAAGUAAAUGCCUCUCACCAAUGUUGCCCAGUGUCUUAGGUUUAACUCAGUUUGGGCAUGUGGAUUUGUAUCUUUGUCGACUCUCUUCUUUUCUCUUUGAGGUAUUAGCCUCAGGGUUACCGGUCAUUUCGUCCCCAAAUCAUUUCGCCCCGGUUACUUUGCCCUCCUUUUAAGAACGAGUAAUACUAUAUUUGAAGCGUGCUUGUUUUGGUUCAUUGCUUAAAGAAGGCAGAAUAUUACAUUUGAAGCGUUCUUGUUUAGCUUUCUGGCCUAUAGAAUGAGCAAUAUUACAUUUUGAAGCGCGCUAAAUGAUUCGAAAAUAGGGAGCUAAGUAACACGGGGCGAAAUGAAGAAGAUUCGAGUAGGAGGGCGACUACAAGGACGAGACUUUACUUAAAGUUUUCGUUAUUUUUCGUUAUUAAAGUUAUUAUUCUUUUUACCGCUGAGAAGAGAUAGCACAGUUAUUUUUAUUGCAAGAAGUUAAGCCCUCUAUCGAUUGCAAAACGAUAAAAAUUUUAACAUUAAAAAACCUUGUUUCCGCCAACACGACAUUCUCGCUGAAACCCGUAGUAGAAUUACGACGGCUAUCACGUUUUCCCGCCAAAAUGACGCUGGUUCACCCGCGCGCAGUAGCUAUUUAGGAAAAUCUUGUCCUCGUUGUCAUCCUCGUUUUAACGUCUGGGCCAGUGUCAUAUCGAAUUGUAUCUUGGUACUGUCAUGGGGAUGCUAUCACUUCUUUCAUUGGCCAUACGAGAAUUCGUUUCCCAGGCAGUCCCACGAUACAAUUCGAGACAACACCAGUCCAGUGUCAAGCACAACCUCCAAAUUGCCAAUUUUCCUGGUACUCCCGUUUUCUCGUCUACUUAAGAACUUACACUCCCAAAGUUCCAAUUCGCCACUUAAGAAACGAGAGGGAAACUGUGCUGAGUUAGCUUUCGCAAAGACUUCUGGGAGUGCUACCGGGGAGAGGGAGAAAAAAUUGGCCAAUAGCUGACAGGCACGUCACUAGUAACAAUCCCAGAAGCAAUUACGGUACACAUUUCGGCUCCAUUUCUUAAGUGGCGAAUUUUAUCUGAAACGCUCAGCCACACCUUUAAAAGAGUUCUUUGGAACUCUUUGGCACUUUUGUCAACAAAAAGGUACAUUUUAGGCUGUUAUUAAAUGACAAGUGAUUAUCUGCAAUCAGGUUUUAUGAUGUCUUGGUUUUCGAAUCUGUUUUGUCCUUAUUGAUAGGCUGGUGAGCUUUUAAUGUUGGCCAAAAGAAGUAGAGACAAAACCGAACAAGAAAGAAUCCUAAGAGAUUCGCUUCAGGUGGGUUUUGACUUUUACAGCAACAAACAUACACUGCGUACAUCCCACCUUCUGUCCCGAAAACUUUGCAUAAGAAAUACUUCUUAAAUAGGUCAGUUCAUAUGACUUUUAGCAUUUUAAAGCCUUUGUCUCUCUAUAUCAUUGGCAUUUGUCACGUCAAUCUUUAAGGACGACUAUUUCGUUGAAGAGCUAUUUUGACGAUUAUGAGGAACGAUGUUAUUCUUGUAAGAACACAGUACAUGUGUUAAACGUUUCUGUUUUUUUUUUCUUUUUCUCUUUUAGUGUUAUCGACAAGUCACCCAUCAAAUUAAACUAGAUGUGAUUUGUUCUCAUUUUGAAUCAGGUGAGAUGACUACUAAAAAGAAACCUUGAAAUGGUGUUCAUGGCUUGCAUGUCCAUGCGAGUAAACCACACCAAGGCGUAUUGGCCACUCCAGAAAAUACCAUAACAUACCAUAAUGCUUUUUGUUUGUCACCCCAAAAUUUUGCAGAAGCAUUGUACUCAGUUUCUCUUGGGGCCAUUUUAACUCCUAAGAGAAACUAAAAACAAUGCUUCUGCAAAAUUUUGGGGUGACAAACAAAGAGCAUUGUGGUAUGUUAUGGUUUUUUCUGGAGUGGUCAAUUGCUUAAGGCCUUAAACUUGAUGGGUUGACAUUCUGGUGAGGCUGCACUGAAUUUACUGGUACUACACAGCUAACUUCCGGAAAAUGUUCUUUUGCUCUCUUAUUAGUGCGAUUCUAUGAAGGUGUGGUGGACUUGUGUUUACAAGCUGCGGUCAAGUGCGAUCCCCAAGGACUGGCUCUGCACUUUUAUAGAAAUGGUGAACCUCAUGGUGAUGUCCAAGGAGAGGAGGCGUUUCUGGCCAGGUACGCACCCCCCCCCCAAAAAAAAACAACAACAAAAACAACAAACAAACAAACAAACAAAGACAAUAAAGCCCAUAUAAGUUCCCAAACCUGUGAAAAAAAACUUUACCAAUUUUACGAAAAGCUUUUUUACAUGCGGCAAUUGGUUGCGGUGUAAACUUAACUCCCCCCCCCAAAAAAAAACAACAACAACAACAACAAACAAACAAACAAACAAACACAGUAAGGCCCAUAUUAGUUCCCAAACCUGUCAAAUAAGUCUUUACCAUGUGUACCAAAGGCUUUUUUGCGUGCGGUGAUUGAGUGCGGUGGAGAUUUCACGGUCCUAAGCCAAAGCCACCAAGAAAAAAACUGUUUUUGCGUGGGUCACUAUAAGGACUUGACCGAAACCUGAAACUGCGCAUGAAAAGUCUCUGAAACCCAGUAUAAUAAUACACUGAACAACGCGUUUAAAAUGGCAGUGAAUGGGGGCAGCUGAUGUGGUCUAAUGUAAAGCCUCAAAUUAAGCCACUGUCUCUAAUUUCAGUAACUUUUUUCUCUUAGGCAACGUUGCUACAAGUGCAUUCUGGACAGUUUGCAGCGUCUUUUAGUAGUCAGAACAGCUCCUUCCCAGUCUCCCGGAAGACCUUCCCGGCCAGGACCACCACCUGCCCCAGACCCCAAUGCUCUUACGUCACAUGACGCAGAGAAGCAUGUACGUAUUAAAUCCUUUUUAUAUGAUUUGUUGAUCCGUUCCUUCUUCGGUUAGCUCUAGAAAGGUACUCAGCAUUAAAAUAUUGAUGUUGAGUUCCACCCAGCCCGAGAAAACAGUCUACAUUUCGCGACGCCAGAUGACGUCUGAGGAAUAAGUGCAGAAAUUCCACGCUGAUGACGUGUCACUUCGCUGAUCUGAGUAGUGCUUCGUAUUUGUCGUGCCGCGAGGGAAAUUAGCUUCAACCAAUCAGAAGGACUACACUCCUUCCUCGUCCGCCUAAAAACUAUCCUCCGCUGGCAUUGCUGUUCAAGAUUUGCGCACAAUUUCUUUUUUCUCCUGUGAAGACCCUUCCCUCUUUUUCUGUCUUACAGCCUGUUUACAUGGAGGUAGGGGACCCUAGUUAGGUGAGGUAACCCGUCUGUCCAUAUGAUUACUUAUUUUACAUGAUAGGUGGGGUGACCCACCACAUAUUACCUCACCUAUCUAUGGUCCCGCACCUCCAUGUAAACAGGCCCUUAUCAAGUAUUGGCGAAUGGGCAUAGCGCGCGAGCUCCACAUUUUACGCACCCUCCUUAGUCUCAAUAGACCUGAUCCUAGUUGACCUCUCAUACAGUGUAAGUUCUCCAUCGACAGCAGCGAGCUUUUAAGCAGUCUAUUAAGCCAGCGAAGUGAGCUUUAGUGUGGUGGCGUAGUGACCGAGCUAACGAUUCGUGGCGAGGUCUUAACUGAAACGGCCCAACCAACCAGAGAAGAAAAAGGACUUUGUGAAAGCCUGAAAUCUCCCUAGAUACUUUUCACACUCGCUUCAGAGCAAAGUGAAGUUGGUUUGGUAUUCUGGCGACACUCCCUUUUCUUUAGAGAUGUUACACAUUCGCGUAAAAGUCACUCCUUUUGUUGUCGCACACUCAAAACUGCUUUAUAACUAGUAAAAAUGCAUAAUGCCAUCGUUUGAUUUCUACUAGGACUGACUGUGUUGCAUUUGUUUUGUCAUUUUGCUAGAUGGAAGAGAUGUUAUCGUUUUCUUUAGCCUACGGAGAUGAGUUGUGGCAUGUCGUGUUGUAUCAGUGGUUAAUCGACAAUGCACUUACGGACAGACUGUUGGAGGUGCAACCCUGAGUUAUUGUUUUCUUUAUUCUUAAUCUUAGCUUUUCAGCCUUUUCCUUUAAAUUUCAAAGGCGCAGAAACACGUUUCAACAUCAGCGUGCUGUGCAACGUUUGCAGACGGGCUAUCCAGCUUUAACGAUUGUGUCACGCGUUCAAAAAUUACCUUGUCAUAGAAAGAACCUCAAAUCUAAAGACUGGCUGUAGAUUAACGGUUGAGCCACGCUAAUGCACACAAUGUGUAAACACAUGAUGAAAUCUAUAAUAUUACUUGCAGUGAUACAAAAGAACGAGGCUGACCUACGAUGUAGCCAUAACGUGCACUGAAUAUCUCACUUCUCUGCCAACCUCUGCCAAGACAAGGCUCUCGGAGGAAAAUUUUAGUUUUAAUUUUCUUAAAACGAUUUUUGUGUUAUCAGAUUAAAUCUCCAUUCCUGGAGACAUUCCUUAAGCGAUCGUCCGCACAUCAACCUCCCAAUGAACUGAAAAUCCUGGAUUUACUGUGGAGAUACUAUGAAAAGACGAAGAACUAUUCCGCGGCCGCUAGAGUUCUCUCCAAGCUUUCCGAAAAAGAGAGGUAAACUUCUGUGAUAUAAAACCUGAAUUAUUUUAUUUCCAUUCAAACAAUUCCUCUUCUGCUCCUCUCACAAUUUCUGUUACUUGUGUUCCUUAGCUCUGAAGUAAAACUGCAGCUGAGACUAGAGUACCUCUCGCGGGCAAUCAUGAGUGCAAAAAGCUGUAAUUUGAGAACUGCUGCAAGCGGUGAGGGGGAAUUUCUUCAUGAACUUGAAGAGAAGCUUGAAGUGGCGCGCAUUCAAAUGCAAGUCUAUGAAGCUCUUAGCAGAAUAAAUACCGCUACUCCUUCCAGACAAAUUGAUCAGGCCCUAGUUGUCUUGAACUCCCGCCUUCUGGAUAUUACAACGGUAAGUUCUUCAACUUUUCUUUACAGUGGAACCUCGAUAUAACGAAGGGCCGAGAGACUGGCGAAAUUCGUUCGCUAUAGCGAGGUUUUGUUAAAUCGAGGUUCUUUUUCAUAUAUUUUACUAUUUACUGGGAUAAAGAAAAUCGUUCGUUAUAUCGAGGACUUCGUUAUGUAGAGGUUCGUUAUACCGAGGACUUCGUUAUGUAGAGGUUCGUUAUACCGAGGACUUCGUUAUGUAAAGGUUCGUUAUACCGAGGACUUCGUUAUGUAAAGGUUCGUUAUACCGAGGACUUCGUUAUAUAGAGUUUCGUCAUACCGAGGACUUCGUUAUAUAGAGGUUCGUUAUACCGAGGACUUCGUUAUAUUGAGGUUCGUUAUACCGAGGACUUAGUUAUUUAGAGGUUCGUUAUACCGAGGACUUUGUUAUGUAGAGGUUCGUUUUACCGAGGACUUCGUUAUAUGUAGGUUCGUUAUACCGAGGACUUCGUUAUAUAGGGGCUCGUUAUACCGAGGACUUCGUUAUAUAGAGGUUCGUUAUACCGAGGACUUCGUUAUAUAGGGGUUCGUUAUACCAAGGACUUCGUUGUAUAUAGGUUCGUUAUACCGAGGACUUCGUUAUAUAGAGGUUCGUUAUAUCGAGGUUCCACUGUAAUUGGCUGUCGUAGAUUUAGUUCCAGGCCUGAUUUAGAUCCUUAUUUUUAUGUUUUAGAUCCUAGAUUUUAAAGCAGCUUUCAGUGGAAGGUCAAAAUAACUGUUUGUCUUUGGUUAAACACAUUUUGCACCACUUUUUAAACAAGUCAGGCCUUAAGCCACGACUUGUUUGUAGGCGGUUUCCCGACCUUAAGGGUUCCUACAGAAGCUUGAAUUCUUAAAAAAGUCUUGCAAUUUACCCAACAAUUUUCAAGACCUGGAAAAUGUCUGGAAAAUAAAGACAUUGUCGAAGCUUUUUCCUGACGAUGCAUUCUAAAAAACGUUUAACAGUGUCCAGUUUUCGUGGCGAUAAGCUCAAAACUUCACCCGUGUGGUUCUGGACACAAGAGAUCUGUACGGAUAAAGGGCGAAGCCAUAUCAUUAACACAAACUUGAAAAUUUAAAGAUAGGACCUAAAAGCUUUCGUGGAAGACAUAAAAAGACAACGGCAUUCUCUUAAACGAAGUACUCUGGGGAUUUGCAUUCGCACGAGCAGCUCCCAACAAUGUCAACUUUUGUCGAAAGAUUUUUUUAAUUUGCCUUGUUAAUGAACGUAUGCCCAUAAAUCCUUUAAGUCUCAUCGCUCAUGGUAUAUACUUUUUAGCGACAACAUUUUUUCAAUCGGGUAUAUAUGCUUUUUGAUGAAGAUUUGACUUGACAUGUGUUCCAUAUGGAACAGAAUUUCUAUUUCAGUCACUUAUUUUGCGUGUUUGACUUACAUCAGUUUCUUGGUUCUUAUUUUCCCUUAGCUUUAUGGAGAUUUUGCUGAUGUGUUUGCACUAGCUGAGUGUAAACUCGCCAUUGUUCAUUGUGCUGGGCACUAUGACCCCAUACUGAUAGAAACUCUGUGGAAAGACAUUAUAGAAGGAGGUAUGUCGAACACUGAGAGUAACAGACACUUUUUGACAAAAUUGGCCUGCUCCCAAUUUAUGGGUCUUCAUAUAUUUCACUGUAAUUUAUUACUUUUUGCCCACAGAACUCCAAGAAUCUUUGCAAAAUUCUCCCAGUGAUCGCAUGGCGAUCGUCAGUAAAAAGAUUGCUUCUUUAGGAAAAAUGUAUGUUCACUCUGAGCGCUACUUCCCACUGGGUGAGUAUCAUUGGUUGCGUUACAUGCGUGACUCUGAAUGCUGUCACGCGAUUGUAAAACAUCAAUCUAAGUUAUCUGGAAAACGGACUUGGAUUCGAUUCAAGCUUGUGAUACUCCCCACUUUCAAACCAAUUAAUUUCUCGUUUUCUGUCAAAACAUUUGUUCACUGAUUAACCGUUUUACUACAAGUAUUGCAAGGUAGUUCGUACGUUUGAGUCUGGAGAGGUUCGUCACGCGUUCCUGUGGGACAGGAACGCGUGACGAACCCCUGAGAACGUCUGCGUGGGAGGCAAGAGGAAAUCCUGUGGUGUGUCCCUUCCAAUUUCACUUCUUGGACACUUUCACAUGUUAGUACGGAGCUUAAGCAACCACAACCACAACGACAACAAUUUUUUUUUUUAGGAAAACAACAGUUCUGCAUGUGCAUCACGUUCUUAAGUACAUUUCGUCGACGUUCACUGCACGACUACGACGUGAAACCUCUUAAUGCGACGAUUUAUGGAGGGCGUGAAUAUAUACACCGACGAAUUUUCCUUUCUCUUUUUAAACCAGGAUAAAAUCUUUAGAAUGCAACUGCAGGAAAAGUCGCCAACAUUUUACAAAAAGACGCAAUAAAGUCUAAAGGACGCAAUUUAGUUUUUAGCGACGUUUUCCCUGCCGUCGUCGUCGCCGUUGCUUGAGCUCCCUACCAUUUGUUUUUAAGCGUUUUACAAAUGGAAAUUUGGAAUUUUUGUCUAAUUUUGACUUUGACCACAUUUAGGACUGAAAGGGUUAACCCUCUCAGCUCCAAGAUCUAAAUACAAAUUCUCCAAACUGAUCUCCAUACAUUUCUUCUAAGAACAGUUGAGAGAAUUUGGUUUAAUAUCAAACAUUUUCCCAUUGAUAAUCAAUUUAGUAAUUCUCAUAACCUUUACUCUUGAUGAUCUGACGAUAUCGUUAGGAGAAAAUUGAUAUUGGUCACUCUUGGGACCUAAAGGAUUAAACACUGGCGCUUCAUCAGCAUCUAACACCUUUGUUUUGUGCCUGUAGGCGCCAUUGUCCUUGAGCUUGAGAAAAAAAGUGCCGAGUUGGCCUGGGACCCAACUUGGGUGUUCAUGACAUUGUUGGAGAUUGGAAUCCCUUUCCCAGUCCUUCAUGGAAUCUACGACAGGCUCUUCAAAGCUAAGGUGAAAAUAGAUACAACGACUAGCUUUGAUUUUCAUUGAACGACAUUUUAAUGUGUUUGUUUGAAGGCAUGAUGUUUUACUGUUAUAAGGCGUUUCUAUUACCUCUGUUGAUGAAAUCGCCGUAACAUACGACCAUCUAAUUACAAUUGACUUAAGGGUCUUUACGGGGUGUUCCUCUUAGCGUUUCUAUUAAGUCUGUGGAUGAUAUCCUAAAGUGUGACCAUUCAAAUGAAAGCUACUUAACAGUUUUUUUUCCUGUGGUACUGCUUAUUACGCUGUGAAAGUAGGUUCUAACUUUUGAGUCUGUGGCUGAAAUCCUAAAGUCUCUGCAAUCAAAUGAAAGUAUCUGAGCACUCCGUUUUUGUGGCACUAUUUGUUUCAUUGUACAAGGUGGUUACAACUUAAAGUUAGUGUAUGAAAUCUUGAUAUCUUACCAUUAAAGAAAAACUUAGCGUGGCUUAAUUAAAGCGCUUCUCAAUGUUCGACAGAACGUUCAGUUUGACGUUGUACAUGUUUUAGGACCCGUCCUGGCAAGGUCUAAACAGGCCUCUUCACAUUCUUGAAGUUAUUUAUCAUUUAUUGAUGAAGUUUGUGAGUACGCCUUCUCUUUCUCCGCCAUAUGAAAGGUAAGUAACUACAGCUACUGCACCAACUAAACCAAACUACGCCAAGAACCCCACCUUCACUAACCACAGCAACUUCACCAAACUUCAAGUACAUAAACUACACCAAAUUACACCAUUAUUUUUUUAUAUUCGUGACAGAUAUCAUGAAUUUUUCCACCUAAAUUCAAGUAGGACUCUGAAAUGACUUUUCACUAACAAAUAUUAAAGUCUGGUUUUAGAUAAAUUUGAUAUUUUCCAUUGACCGGUUGCUUGUUCUCUUUCAGGCCUUCGUUUACGACUUCGCUGUAUGAUGCUUGCGCUACGUAUCUAGUGGAAUUGGAAUCAACUUGCUCACGUGACCCUACAGUGCAGGAUACGCUGGCCAAAUUCAAGGGAUUGCAGGCGCGCAUGAAGCGCCUACUGUGAAAGAGCGACUAAAUAUUUGCUGUUUUGAAAACUGUAAAGCUACCCAAGUCUCGCCAUGAGUAAUGUUUCUGCAAAAUGAGUAUUGUAGGUGAUUUUUAAUAUCAAAUUAAUACCAUAUUGUACAUAAAAGC